AUGGAUCGGUCUUCGGUCCUCACCUGCACAUGGUCAAUCGGUCAGUAUCGGGAUGACACUCCGUACUCCAUACUCUGCACUCCGGUGAGUCUUUUCCCCGUGGAGAAAAAAAAGGGUCUUUUCCGAGUUCCCGUACGUCGACUAGAGGCGCAGUGUUUUCUCCAGACUGGAAAUGGCUUAGAUAUCCAUUUCGGCCGACGGCGAACCAUUAUCGGCUUUGAUCUUGGCCUAGUCCUGUGA